AUGCCCUCCAAUGGAGCGGCCGAUAUCGACCCCUUAGAUGCAGCGGAUUACGAUCCUAUCGAUCAUCUUAACUCAAUCUUCUCCCAUCCUUCCACGCUGUCCGCCGUGUCACAAGUGUCCCAGUCCCUUUCCGCAUACGAAGAUGAGCUCGACGACGAUAUCAGCGCCCUGGUCGAGGACCAGGUCACCUCGAAUGCGGAAAGUGUUGAGCGCAUCCAGGCCGCCAAAGCGGACCUGACCGAAUUGUUCAAGAAGAUCGACGAUGUGCGCGACCGCGCUUCCAAGACCGAGCUCGCGAUCACGGAGAUGACGGCGGAUAUCAAACAAUUGGACAACGCGAAGAAGAACCUCACACUAUCCAUGACAGCCCUGAAGCGGCUUCAGAUGCUGACAACGGCCUACGAUCAGCUUCGUGCCCUCAGUCGGACCAGGCAAUACCGGGACUGCGCCCAGCUGCUGCAGGCGGUCAUUCAGCUCAUGGCGCAUUUCAAGUCGUACCGGUCGAUCGAUCAGAUCGCUCUUCUCAGCAAGAACGUGGCAGAUAUACAAAAGGAGCUCCUGGAACAAGUUUGUGAGGAUUUCGAGCUGGCGUUCGCCAAGGGGGAGGUUGGGUUGCGCAGGUCGACACUCUCGGAGGGUUGCUCGGUCAUGGAUGCGCUGGGCGAACACGCCAAAUCUAGGCUCGUGACCUGGUACUGCAAUUUCCAAUUACGGGAGUACCGCCAGGUGUUCAGAAAUAAUGAGGAGGCAGGAUCUCUGGACAACAUAUCGCGGCGGUAUGCGUGGUUCAGACGUAUUUUGAAGAUUUAUGAUGAGGAAUACGCGCCCAUCUUCCCCGCGUCUUGGAAGGUUAAUGAGACCCUCACCAAUAUUUUCUGUGAAGGAACGAGGGACGACUUCAAGGGGAUUCUCUCGCGCUCGGUGCGCAAUGGGCAAUCGAUCGACGUCAAUCUGCUCCUGUCGUGUUUGCAAGAAACCUUGGAUUUCGAACAUUCGCUUGAGCGACGCUUUGUGAGCCCCGCUCGUCCCUCUACUGAUACCUUCGCCUCGAGCGAGGCGCCGGUCUUUGGCCAGGCUAUAUCGGAGGCUUUUGAGCCCUAUCUCAGCGUCUGGGUCGAGGCUCAGGAUAAGCAACUGGCUGCGCUGAUACCAAAGUACCGGCAGCAGCCGAUUAAGCCGCCGGACGAAGAGUUCGACUCGCACAUAGUGAUAUCCUCCUCAACGGAUCUGUUCAACUUUUACCGACAUGCUUUACAGCAAUGUGCGAAACUGUCCACCGGCGGAAGCCUUGCAGACCUGGCAAAGGUCUUUGCCAAGUACCUGGACCAAUACGCACAACAGGUACUUCUCUACUAUAUCAGUGAACGUCCCAGUGGCCACACACCAUCGAAGGUACCCAACCUCGAGGAUCUCAUCCUGGUUCUCAACACUGCCGAUUACUGCUACACGACCUGUAACCAGUUAGAGGAGAAGAUUAAGGGGAGGCUGGAUAAGAACCUGAAACAGUCCGUGGACCUGCAGAGCCAGGCGGACACAUUCAUGGGUAUCGCGUCUGCAACCGUUCGAGGUCUUGUACGGAGGGUUGAAAUCGACUUGGAACCUUGUUGGCGCGAAAUGCGCAAUAUACCCUGGAGUCGAUUGGAAAAUGUCAGCGACCAGAGCUCCUACGUGGGCGAACUCUUGUCGAAGACUCAGACCAAGUGCUCGGAAACUCUACAGCUGCUACACAAACAGCAAUACGCGCGGGCCUUUGCAGACCACACUGUAGAGCUGAUCUCAACCCUUUUCACCACCAACAUUUUCCAGUCCAAGCCUAUUGCAGAGACUGGAGCGGAGCAGAUGCUCCUCGAUGCCUACGCCCUCAAAGCCGGUCUUUCAUCACUUCUCCCAAAUCCCGCCCCCGCCGGCUUCGUCAAGCGCGUCAACAGCAGUUUCGCUAAGAUUGAGGCCCUCCUCAAGACCCUGCAGGUGCACCCUUCGCCCCCCGAGGCCCUCGUGCAGGCGUACCUCGUCCACAUCGCCGACCAGAACAACACCAACUUCCGCAAGAUCCUUGACAUGAAGGGCAUCCGCAGCCGCCAGGAACAGAACCACCUCCUGGAACUCUUCCAGAUCCACCGCGCAUCCGAUCGCUACGCCUCCAACCUCCAGCAGAGUAACCCCAUGCUAACCGCCCUGCAAUCCACCACCGCGCCCACCUCCACCUCGGUCUCCCAGGGCCUGGGACUCGGCUCGGCCGCCGCGUCCAUCGGCGCCACGAACCUCCCCACCCGCUUCGACGCAUCCCUGCUCGGCUCCGCCCUCAUCUCGGCCGCCAAGGACGGCGUCGACCGCUUCGGAACUCCCAUGAGCGGCUCCUCGGCAACCACGAUACCCGGAGGAGGCAGCGCAGGCGCAACAUACGGUGUGGGUGGUGGCGGCAGCGGAGCCAUCCUCACCUCGGCCUCCUCGACGCCCAAUCCCGCUGGUUCGGCCCCGAGCAUUCCUGGCGCGGAGAGCAGCGCCACUGCGAACCUGAACGAAAAUUUGAAGAAUAUCGGCAAGUUCUUCCGCCGUGAUCUGGGUGGAUUUGGCGGUAGGUUUGGCCGAAGUGGGGAUGACGGGUGA